AUGUCUUUAGAUAGUGAUUUAGGCCAUAAGCUCAAGAAAAAGGUGAAACUUUCGUCUCUCAAGUCUAAUUCUUCUUAUAAAGGAAGCAGUAGAACCAGUACUCGCCGAAGUGACGAUGGCACAAACCCUCGGAAGAGUAGCAAGGCUAAAGUUUCGUAUAUGAAGAAGAAGAGGGUCUAUGCCACUAAGGCUGAGCUCACUGAGCAUAACCAUGUGAACGAAAUUCCACGCACCAUGUGGGCUGCGUCAAAGGGAAACCAACGGUCUACUUCUAGUUUUAAGACCACUAAUGAUGGUGCUGCAACAAGUAUGUUUAAAACAAAAUUACCGAGAAGAGAUAAUGAGAAGCAUGGUACUGCAAAGCUAAGGUACAGGAAGAGAGAUGAUUUGGAUAAAAAUGCAGAUGAGAGCCGAAGGAAACGCUGGGAUGUGCCGUCUUUUAAGGCUAAAAAACAGGGAUUUGCAGAUAAGAGAGACUUAGGCGAUGGUUCAGAUAAUCAGGAGGAUCAACCAAGGAAGAGAAAGAGGAUACGGCUAGAUCCAUAUGAUACCUCAAAUAAAAGAAUAGAUGAUGAUAUCGUUCUUGAUGAAGGCCAUAAAGUAAAGAAAAAGAAUCAUGAAGAGAAAAGUGUAGGGGUAAAUGCACAGUUUCGUGCAAUUCAGCCUAGUCAGUCGAUCCUUUCCUAUGUGGAAGAAAAUCUGUUGGGGCGUAGGCGCUUGACCGAGCUAAAGAAGGCUGGCUACAACACAGAGCUUCCGGCUCCAUUAGAUAAUAUUCCUCAGUCUACCAGCACAGAGAGAGAGCGUAUCGAAGAAAGUGUAUUUAGGAAUAAAUUGGAUUUCUUUGCUGCUGCAAAUGUUUCAUCGUCAUUUCCUCCUCCUGAUGUACCUGAGAUUGCAUUUGCAGGAAGGUCAAAUGUUGGCAAAUCGUCUCUGCUAAAUGCUCUUACCAGACAGUGGGGUGUUGUAAGGACAUCUGACAAACCAGGACUGACCCAGACCAUCAAUUUCUUCGGUCUUGGUCCGAAGGUUCGCCUUGUUGAUUUGCCAGGCUACGGCUUUGCGUUUGCAAAAGAUGAAGUUAAGGAGGCCUGGGAAGAUCUUGUAAAGGAAUAUGUUUCAACACGAAGUAGUCUUAAACGUGUAUGCCUUCUUGUUGACACCAAAUGGGGUAUGAAGCCAAGAGACCUGGAACUUAUUAAUCUGAUGGAGAGAUCGAAUACAAAGUAUCAGAUAGUCUUAACCAAGACAGAUGUGGUUUUCCCUAUGGAUGUGGCACGUCGGGCAAUGCAAAUCGAAGAGAAGUUGAAGGCAAACAGAUCAAUUGUCCAGCCUCUGAUGAUGGUAAGCUCAAGAUCAGGAGCUGGCAUAGGAAGCUUAAGAACUGCCCUUGCUAAAAUUGCAAAGCUGAUUCUCAUAUUCUUGUCGGCGACUCUUGCUGGGUUCUUCGUCCUCCAGAAGCUCAACUCUACCUCCGACGACCCUCUCGACCUCGACGACUCUCUCACCGACGCUGAUCCCGCCGAUUCCGACACCAACUCCAGAUUCUCCAAGGUGGGAAAUGCAAUGAAGUCUGGAUUCUGGACAUGCGUUGACAUGGCAAGUGGUCGCUAUCUCUGGAACCAUCUCUCUCCCAAUUCCAAACGCUCUUCUUGA